AAUCCCGUACAAAAGUGAGCGUUGGUGGGCAAGUUGGGUGAAAGGAGAAUAGUGAUUCGCAGAGGCAACACACGCUCCUCACCCAAACGUGGUCUCAUCUCAUCACCACUACUUUCGCUCUUUUGUACGAAUGUCGCCACCACUUGCAGACCUACCCUAGCAGACAAAAGUUUCGACAACGUCGACCUGAACUCAUAACGGACCUUAUUCACAAAAGAACCUCUUCCCAUUAGCUUGUGACCGUAGCCAAAGAGUUUUCUCAUCGAUAACGAAGUGGUUCAUUUAACUACUAAAUAACUUUCCAAUCCAACUUUAAUUUUGGUUAAUUUAGUUGGCUUCUCGAUUCGUGGUAUAAAAUACGUACAUACUGAAAAGUUGGUUUAGUGCAAUAUACUUGUCACUUGAACUCGGAUUCAUCCACACGUUGUUUUGGGAUUUGGGUUUCAGUCUCUACUUGAAACUUCUUGUGUGUAUUCAAUUAAAUUGCAGGAAGAGAAAGUCAGUCAGUCAGUCUAUCUAUCUCUACAUACAUGCACACAUAGUUUAAAAGGGAUGUUGGAAUUCACUGACUGUGGUGCUUCUUCCUGCUACUUGGUGGUUGGUUGUUCAGUGAAAGUGCGUGGCUGGCGAAUCAAAAUCGGAGAAAUUUACUCGUAACAACAUUUUACAGACAAAAAGAACGUUGAGCCGAAGACCUGUUUCUCUCGAACUCUGAACGUAGUAGUCGCACUUUAGCCGAUGUCGAGUCUCUCCCCUGCUGCUGCGGUAUAGUUACAACCGACGACUACAACUCUGGAUCAGAUUUCCUGCUCUUUGGCCUCUGAUCUUCAAUCCCUCCUCUUCAAGUCUGUGCAGCAGUUUCAACAUCAAAUCGCUUAGAUGCGACGGACGGACGGCUGAGGCGCCCCGACACGGCGCACAUCUUUGGAGUUAAAUUGCCGCCUCAUGCUAUUCCACCACCAUCCACCAUCCAACGCCACAUCAAAUCUACCAUCGAAAGGAACAACCGGGCUGCCACGUUGAAAUUCGGGUUCUUUCCUUUCAACUUGAACUCUUGGAUCUGCAGAGGAGAAUUGGAUGCACUGGAUUGAAGCAGGGCAGAUGUUGGUUCAAAAAAUAAGGCCGGAGGAGACAAUCCGCCGCCGUCGUCGUCGUCCGAGAAGAGAGGAGUUGUUCCAAAUGGGUCAAAUACUUCAGUCUUCCGGCAGCUCAAAAAUGCAGCAUGAGUCCAAAACCCAGGACCACCAGGGCAGACGACGACUCACCUCCUGCUCCCUCCUCCUCCUCCUUCUCUCCUUCUCGGCUGGUAUCUCGCUGAAUCUCGUGGGAGCAAUACCUUCCACCGACGCUCCUUUAAAUCUCAAUGCCAACAUGAGACCUGGACAUCCUUCCGUCUUAACUGCUCGCGAGGGUGAUGAACUAGGAGCCAGUGAAGGAGACGUAUUUCAUUCAUCCUCCAGUCUAGCACGGACGGAUGACUACCACUCUGCAUCCAAACUCACUUCUAAUGGUCAAUUUGCAAGAUCACCUUUGAUGGAAAAAACUAUCUCCGCCGCCGCCACCACCACCGCCGCCAAACUUUCUCUCCCACACCGAGAAAUUAUGGAGAGUAAAACUAGUCCACUUAGACGACCAUCAAAUCCCCCGACACGUUCUGUUGUACCCAGUGAAUUUCGCAUUCAAUCAAACUUCCCAUUAUCCCCCAUCGUCAUCAAAGACUGGGAUGAUAAUGCCAAGUUGAAAUCAAAUCUGGGGACACCACACCACUCUCCGAAAGAGGUCGGCCAAGAUGCUCUUGAUAGAUCGUCGUCCACAUCCAGUACAACCAUCGAUAGUCGCUCCAGAGCCGAGCUUUUCCUAUAUCCUAAAAAACCCACGACGACAACGACGAGUUCAGAGGAAACUGGAGAGAAGCCGACCAAUAUCAAUUUGCUGCGGAAGUUGUGGUCUAGUACUCGAUCAUCUAAACUCAAUUUAACUCAUGAGCAGCAAUCACUUUUGAGAAUUGAGUCGGAUAAAUCACAUCGACCCAGCAGCAGCAGCCCUCCCAACGACAGUGGAAGAGGUGCAAAUGAUAAAGAACUCUCCACAAAUAGCAACGUAAGUCGAUCAAUCCUUGAUCUCGCAGGAGCCUCGUUGGCCCCAUGGACUACGACAUCAUCUCACCCGACCCCCAAUUUCAUUUCGCCCUCAUUGGUCCGCCCCAUGUCCGUGGAAUUGACACCGUUGAAGCCCAUGUCACUCAAAUUAGAGCAGGAGGUUGAGGACGAGGAAACAUCUUCUCGGAGAAAGCAUUCGUGGGUACCUCCAUCAGACGCACCUGAAACCUCGGCUCCUCUUCUCCACCCUUCAGUCAAGUUAGCAUUCAAUGAUGGGACAGAAUUAUCUACUUCUGCUCCACCCAACAAGAGUGGUCCUCGAGAUAAUAAGUUUCCUACACCCGGAGGAAGACGAACCUCAAUGCUGUACCCCGAAUGGCUCUCCUCAUCUGGAGGUGUUUAUCCAGAUGACAGUACAAAUGGAACAGGAGAAUAUUACGGUGAACCCGAAUAUGAAAAUCUAAUCAACAAUAAUGAAAAUAACAGAGCAGGGUUAGACGCUGGUGGAGGUAAUCCGGGCGAAAGGGAAGAAGAGGCCCCCGGAAGAAAAUUCAAUUUGUACAACAACAAAAAAAUUCAUACUGACUUUCUCGACCAUUUUAUGAACCUGAGUAGUUGGCAAAAUCGACUAAAACUGAAGGAACAACAAGUAUUGAGCGAGAGAGAACAUCGAAUGGCUGCAUCUCCCUCAGCAUCAGACGUUGAUCCAUUGAUGUCGACGGAAGCUCCGGAGGCUAUUAUUGCUCAGAAUGGGUUAGCGGAUGUGAUCUCCAGAGGACGGAUUGACAGCGUGAUGUACGUGUAUUUUGGCGAUAGGUACAGUAGUGACUACCAUAAGGAGGAAGUUGUAGGUCGAAUAAUUCAGGCGGUCGGAGGAGUUAUUGCUGCAAUAGCUCAAGUCCUGACGGUUCUUGGAACAGCAAAAUGCGUCCGAAAAUCGACCCAUAGUAAUCAACCACCCAUUCACCUGCACAUUGGAUUUGCCCUCUUGAUUUCCAAUCUACUUUUGUUACUUGCUGUUCACGCAACGGAGCCAGCAGAUGUUUGCAACACCGUCGCAAUGAUUUUACAUUAUCUGCACCUGGUUAUCGGCUGCUGGUUAUUUGCCCAUACGAUUCGAACUUACCUAAAACUCCGGCGUCAUGCGGAAGCCCCGGAUCUCGUUGUGUCCGACUCCAGUGAUCGACCUGGGAGAGGGGAAGCCAAACAACCACUCUUGUCGUCCCAUAGUUUGCGAUACUGCUCAGCAUCCUGGACUGCACCUUUGCCCUUCAUAUUUAUGAGCUACUUGGCCAACCCAGAUGGGUACGAAACCCGACAUUACUGCUGGAUGUCUAUCGAAAAAGGAAUGGUCAUCUCCUUCAUUGUUCCAGUAUUUCUCUUAAUUGGGUCAAACACAUUCCUGGUGGUCCUUUCACUUCGACAUUUGUUGGCUGCAAGAAAGUUAUGGGCGGACUCCACGAGUGCUGAGAUGGACGAGGACACACUGGACGAGAGGAAAAUCAGCGGUCGGAUUCGAGCGUCGGCCAUGCUGCUCCCACUCCUCAGCAUCAUGUGGUUCUUGGGGGUUGUCUCUCUGGAGAAUGCCUCCUCAAUAUUCUUCCAAAUUGCGUCUGCUUCCGCCAACAUACUUCUGAGCUGGCUCAUCCUGUAUUUCUUGGGGGAUGAGAUGUGGCCUGAACUCUGGUCCUGUUGCACCAGGAGGGACCAGUCCCCGUCCUCGUCCCUGUUUUCGACAGAUGAUGGAGGAUGCCAGCCCGGAGCUCACCUGUCCUUUGACAACGAACCAUUGUUGGCCGCGUCAUCCACAUCCACCGUUCUCCCACCGCUCCCAUCCACGUCCUCCGCUUAUGGCAUUGAUGUUGGUCACUCAGUCUGCAAACCCGCUACGGCAUCUUCCUCCUCCUCUUCGUCGUCAAAAAGUGGUGUGCGUCAGUGCACCCCCGGGAUGUACGCUCCAAUAUUUCCAGGACCCUCGAAUAAUCGACCAGGAAAACGCCAAGCUAAAUCUUCAAGAAGGCCAAACUGGUCCAUUCCGGGUGGGAGUGAGAUUUAUGAAUUGAAGAUGGAUUCCAUUAGUACAAUUUCGUAAUCCAGUGAAUGAGUGAAAGUCUGAGUGAGUUUAUAUAGAUUCAAAUAUGCUUACAUGCAUAUGUAAAUUGUAAGGUGCAUGUGUAUGUAGAGAGAGAUGCAUACAAGCAAGUAUAUAAUAAAUGCAUAUACAUACGCAUACAUAACUACAUAUAAGUACAUACAUGUACAUGUAUGCGUCUUGAAAUGUAGGUACUAUGUAUUAGAAUAGAUUUCUGAUGAAAUGGUGGAUUUAAACCAAGUCUAACGAGGGAACCUUUUAUAGUGCCCGGAGCUCCCAGCAUAUCUACUAUAUACAUUAGACGCAGUUUUUAAUACUAGUCCGUUGAUGUGACAAAAUUUCCGUGUCAAAAUGACAUUUGGUCAAAGUGUGACGAUUUUAGUGACGCGCCGAACGGUCACUUUCUCCGAUGAUUUCAAUAGCGCAAUUAAAUACAUACACUUUUCACCACACGGUCCUCAUCUUGCUUUUGAAUUCUCAACCAAUUUACUCACUGGUACUUAAUUUAACUAUAUUUACAAUAUCAUUACAAUUUACUAUUUGUAGCUUAUGAAUAUUAUUUUUACAUUUGAAUUUAAAAGUUACAAAAUGUUCACGCGUACUUUUUGAAGAACAUUCAUAAGUAAUUGCUGUAUUUUUUCCGCACAGUUUUCAAACUCCAAUAUUUGAAAGGAAAAAACAAUAUUGAAAACUUGUAAAUAGUAAAUAAAUUGUAAUGAUAUUGUAAAUCUAUUUAAAUUAAGUGCCAGUCUUAUCGGUGAGCAAAUGAGUUGAGAUUUCAGUGAGAUGAGCGGAGAGCGUGUAGUGAAAAGGUGAAAGCGUACCUGCCCUACUAAAGCAUGGCGAAAGUGACCGUUCGGCGCGUCACUAAAAUCGUCACAGCUUGACCAAAUGUCAUUUUGACACGGAAAUUUUGUCACAUCAACGGACUAGUAUUAAAAACUGCGUCUAAUGUAUAUAGUAGAUAUGCUGGGAGCUCCGGGCACUAUAAAAGGUUCCCUCGUAAGUCCAUCCCCUUUUCAUGAUGCCUAGUUUAUUUCAAAAGCACACAACCCUACAUAGCACAAAACUAUGGUACCAUUCAAACUAGUAGUGAAAGUGUAACGAAUUUUGCGAGUCGUUCACAUGGCACAACACAACAGUGAGAUGAUGUAAUUAAUUAAGCACACAUGCAUUUGUUACAUGUUAAUUUAAUUGCUUUUAAGCGCCAAUCCUUUUCCACCUGAAAACAAAACCAAGUUGGAAAGGAGUGACCCAAUUUAUGCAUAAGAACAAGAAUUUUUCCAUAACAAUACUAGAAAGUAUAUGUACAUACAAAUAAUGCUAGUAAAAUACAUCCAUGUGGCGUAAUCAUAUGAAGGGUUUUUAUGACAAUAUUUUGCUACAAUGUGGACGUUGGGCUUUGUGCUACUACAUGUUGGUGCUGAUUAACUUUUAAAAUAGUUAUUUACUCGAAUUAAAGGUGCUGGACAAGAUAGAUCAAUUCAAGAUGUGUGUUAUCUCUUGAAUUGUCGGAUUAGACGCAUAUGUAAUUAUGCAGAGAAAUAUGCAAGUAAUUUUAAGUAGAAGUACAUCUUCUUAAACAAGUAUGUACCGUAAGUAAUAGCUUAGUUGACGAAGCUAAUCGAAAAUGUAUAACCAUAAUGUAUGUGCCCAUCUACCUGGAAUGUUUGCGGUAGAAUAGUAAAUGCAUAAUAAUUAUAUAUGAAAAUAAUGUUUUGUUACAUUUUGCUCCAUGUUUUUGAGAGAUCAUUUAAUCGUAGACAAGGUAUAUCGACGUAAUUAAGUUACACAUUUAUAAAUACAUAAAUAUAAGAACUAUGGUAUCUUAUAAGCUAUAUGUACAUAAGCUAUAGUCCAUAAAUAUAUCUACUUAAAUAUCAGUCAAAAUGUGCUGACGAACCAUUUACCUUAGAUAAACUUUAAUUAAGGAAAUAUGUAAGUGCACGACCAUAGUUGGUGUGAACUGAAAAUGGAAUGAGAAAAUUAGAUUAAGGUGGAUUUAAUGCAUUACUGCCAAAUAAGUAAGCUUGAUAUGAUGAGUCCCUUACAUAAAACUAAACUACUUUACGUAGAACUAUUCUUUCAGCUUAUUGCAUGCGUGGAAAGGUCAAAACCUUACGGAGAAUAUUACACCUACAAGGAUGCAAUUGCUGGCAUGUCAGUAGCGGAAAGCUGAUUAAUAUUGUAGCAAUUUCACUUAAUUGUACUAAACCAUAAUAACAUAAUUUACAUAAUGAAAUAAACUGUUGCUAAUAAAAUUGUUUUUCUGGUGA